AUGGGUCGCGUCCGCACCAAGACCGUUAAGAAGUCCGCCAAGGUCAUCAUUGAGCGGUACUACCCCAGACUGACUCUCGACUUCGAGACCAACAAGAGGAUUUGCGAUGAGGUUGCCAUCAUUGCCUCCAAGCGUCUGCGCAACAAGAUUGCCGGCUACGCCACCCACCUGAUGAAGCGUAUCCAGGAGGGUCCCGUCCGCGGUAUCUCCUUCAAGCUCCAGGAGGAGGAGCGUGAGCGCAAGGAUCAAUACGUCCCCGAGGUCUCCGCCCUCGACUUCACCCAGAACUCCGAGUCUGGCCAGCUGGACGUCGACGCUGAGACCAAGGACCUGCUCAAGCACCUCGGCUUCGACGCUGUUCCCGUCAACGUCAUCAACGUUGUCCAGCAGCAGACCCAGGAGCGUGGUGGACGCCGCUUCGGCGACCGCCCCCCUCGCCGCGACUAG